UCUCUGCUGGCAGUGCCAAAGCAAUAACGAGCAGCUGAUACGAAGUGCAAACCUCCCAGAUGAUAGAAAGUCUGAAGCAGUAAAGAAGCAACAAGAUCAUCUUUCCCUUGUGCAGAAAGAGAGGGCUGUGUACAACGACAUGACUGCUGCCUGCAGAAAGAUUUGCUCUGGCUCCAACCUGUCUUUUGGACCAUCCCUACCAGCAAGCAAGAAGAUUAGGAUGCAUUACAGUUUUGAUUUUGCUCAGCAGUUACACUUUCCCUCAAACCCUCUCCAGCCAGGACCAAUGUACUUCCUGACCCCACGGAAAUGUGGCCUAUUUGGUGUUUCAUGUGAAGGGCUGCAGAAACAGGUGAAUUACCUGAUUGAUGAAGGCAUGUCAUCUACUAAGGGAAGCAAUGAAGUCAUCAGCUACAUGCAUCAUUUCUUCGGCAACUUUGGAGUUGGAGAAACAGAGGUGGAUCUUCAUUGUGACAACUGCAGUGGGCAGAACAAGAACAACUUCAUGCUCUGGUACCUUGCCUGGCGGGUUGGACACAAGCUUCACGAUAAAAUUGAAAUCCACUUCCUUAUUGCUGGCCACACCAAGUUUUCCCCUGACUGUGGCUUUGGACUCAUCAAGCAAGCCUACAUGAAGACAAGAGUCAACACUUUGGCAGACAUCGCUGAGGUUGUGGAAAACAGCUCUCCUGUGAGUCACCUCAAUAUCCCACAGCUUGUUGGAACGGCAGAGGGCAAAGUUUUAGUCCAGACCUUCGACUGGCAGCAGCAUCUGACUCGCCACUUCCGUGAGACUCCCACAGAUCAAGACUUUGAAGCCAAGAGACCAGGUGUGGUGCUUGCAAAAAGUCACCGUGAUGCACAACCUGUCGAAUAUCAGCUACUGCUGCUGACGGAGCAGAUCUGCCCCCUGUCGACGGUCUUCCUGUCCUUGCCCCACCUGGACUGA